AUGGCAGAGGUAAAUGAUACUUUGCGAAACCGUGAGCAGCGACUUGUGUAUCUUGUGACAUAUAGCAGAGCCGAUGUAGAAAAAGUUGUGACAAGAGAAGCAUUUGCCGAAAAGGCCUCACUAGGGUGGAUGGAAAUGACGGGUGUUAAGGUUGUGCAGUGGGUUGCAGCGCGAGAAUUACACGCUGAUGCAGGUGUUUCAGAGAGCAAUUCCCAUUAUCACAUGGCAAUGAAACUGGAAAAACGUGCUCGCUGGCUGAAGGUACGCCAAUUCUUAGACGACCGCUACGGCAUAAGGGUGAACUUUAGCGCCGUACACAACACAUACUACUCUGCGUACAAAUACACCACAAAGAAAGAUAACUUCUGUGUUCACUCAGAGGGUCACCUAGACCUAAGCAAUGCGCGUCCACCGAGAACUGAGAAGGCAAUCUCAGGAAAGAAGAGAAAAGCAGUUGGCCGUACUGGGGGUAAGAAAACGAAACGAAAGCGUGGUCUUUCAGUGUACGAGGUUGCCCAUGCAGUUUAUCCAGGCUAA